UGCUCAGUGGGCAUUUGUCGACUCAUGAUUUGACUCUGACUUCACGGAAGACAAUGAUUGCUGAGUUGGCCGGAUGACAUCAUAUGAGGGGUAGCUGACACUGAAUUAAGAGCUCUGACGAGUUGGCUGCUCAGGGGAGACCAUCCCCCCACACCCUCCACCUGUCACAGCUCAGCAGCCCUUGCAGUCUUACUGCUGCUGAAGGCCCCAGGGGCCUCCGCCCUCGGCUCUGGACCCACUCCCCACUGCCAGCCUCCCAUGCCCCGGUCCGCCUUGUCUGUUAUCUCCUUCUGUCACUGGUUUGGCAAACAGGAGAGAAAGCAGAGCUUCAUGGGAAACCACAGCAACAGUUGGUCCCACACACCAUUCCCCAAGUUGGAGCUGGGCCUGGGGUCCCGGCCCGUGGCGCCUCGAGAGCCCCCGGCCUGCGGUAUCUGCCUGGAGCGGCUGCGCGAGCCGGUCUCGCUGGACUGCGGCCACGACUUCUGCGCUCGGUGCUUCAGCACGCACCGCCCGCCCGGCGGCGAACGGCCCCGCUGCCCCGAGUGCCGCGAGGCUUGCGCUCGCAGGAAGGGCCUUCGCGGUCUGCGCGACAAGAUGAAGGGCCUGCUGCGGGGGCCGCCGCCCUCCGCUGCGCAGGAGGCCUGUGCCGCGAGGACGGAGCCCUUGCUGCUGGUGCGAAUCAGCGCCUCCGGAGGCCUCAUUCUGCGGAUGGGGGCCAUCAACCGCUGCCUGAAACACCCCUUGGCCAGGGAUACCCCCGUCUGCCUCCUUGCCGUUCUGGGGGAGCAGCACUCAGGAAAAACCUUCCUCCUCGACUGCCUGCUCCAGGGGCUGCCGGGCCCGGAGUCCAGCGAAGGCGGCUGGCUGAGAGGAGGGGGCUCCCUGCAGGGGCCCCGAUGGGGCGCCAGCAGCCUCAGCAGGGGCAUUUGGAUGUGGAGCCACCCCUUCCUGCUGGGGAAGGAGGGGAGGAAGGUGGCUGUGUUCCUGGUGGACACGGGGGACGCUAUGAGCCCUGAACUGAGCCGGGAAACAAGGACCAAGCUCUGUGCCCUCACCAUGAUGCUGAGCUCCUACCAGAUCCUCAACACUUCCCAGGAGCUGAAAGACACAGACCUAGAAUACCUGGAGAUGUUUGUCCAUGUGGCCGAGGUGAUGGGCAGGCAUUAUGGGAUGGUGCCAAUACAGCACCUGGAUCUCUUAGUUCGUGACUCAUUCCAUCCCAACAAGGCAGGGCAGGGGCAUGUGGGUGAUGUCCUCCAGAAAUCUGGCAAAUACCCCAGGGUUCGGGAGCUGCUACAAGGGCAGCAAGCCCGUUGCUACCUCCUGCCUGCCCCAAGGAGACGCUGGGCCAGUGGAGACCAGGGAACCCUGGGCGACACAGAGGAUGAUUUCUGUCACCUGCGAGCCUACAUUGCUGAUGUGCUGAGCGCUGCCCCCCAGCAUGCCAAGAGCCGUUGCCAGGGGUACUGGAGUGAGGGACGCCCCGUGGCCAGAGGGGACAGCCGCCUGCUCACAGGGCAGCAGUUAGCUCAGGAAAUCAAGAACCUCUCGGGCUGGAUGGGCAGGACAGGGCCUGGCUUUGCCUCUCCAGAUGAGAUGGCUGCCCAGCUGCACGACCUGCGGAUGCUGGAAGCUGCCAAGAAGGAGUUUAAGGAAUAUGUGCGGCAGCAGGAUGUGGCCACCAAGCGCAUAUUCUCUGCGCUCCGGGUCCUGCCUGAGACCAUGAGGAACUUCCUCUCUGCCCAGAAAGAUGCCAUCCUGGCUCGCCAUGGAGCGGCCUUGCUGUGCCAGGAGAGGGAGCAAGCCUUGGAGGUCCUGGAGGCUGAGCUGCAGGCAGAGGCCAAGGCCUUCAUGGACACCUACACCAUGCGCUUCUGUGGCCACCUGGCUGCCGUGGGGGGUGCUGUGGGGGCUGGGCUCAUGGGCCUGGCUGGGGGUGUGGUGGGUGCAGGCAUGGCCGCAGCGGCACUGGCUGCAGAGGCUGGGAUGGUGGCAGCUGGAGCUGCGGUGGGAGCCACAGGGGCAGCUGUGGUCGGGGGUGGUGUGGGAGCUGGUUUGGCUGCCACCGUGGGCUGCAUAGAGCGGGAGGAGGAGGAGAGGGUGCAGGAAGGGGACCAAGAGCCCCUGCUCCAGGAAGAGUAACAACCCCCAGGAGACAGUAAAAGGAGGGAGAGAUUCGAGGGGUGAGGAAAGGAAGUGGGGGAGGGAGCAAUGUUCUGAGGACCCCCAUGUUCCACUCUGCCCUGGUGAAUACCCAGCGUCUAGGUAGCUGACUGAGCCAAAGAACCCAGGUGGCCCCAGGAACCUGGGGAUGGUCUCAGGGGCCAGGAGGCAAUACUUAGGGCAGUAAAUAGGAUACAGGGCCUAUUUUUGGUUGCAGAUAAUUGCUAACCUGCAAUUGACCCAAAUGCACUUGACCGAGGUGUCCACCAGGAGUAAGGCUCCACCCUCCCAACUGUGGCUUAUUUUCCCAGGACGGUAGGAAGGCUGAGUGACCUGGAAGGUCUCCCCCUGGGCCGAGAGGGCCUGUCCUUUCACAGAAGGGAGCAACCCAGUUGAGUGGCCUUGGUGUUCAGGAUCGAGGAGCACUACUGAGGGCCUGGGGAAGCGGGAGCACCAGACAAAACCAAAGACUCUGUGUGAGGUAGACAGUGACCUAACCCCUAGAGUGGGGAAACUUGUCCCUGUGAGUCUCCCUAAAGCCACCAGCAGGACAAAGUUGGUGCCCCUCCCUCCUGAAACCCUAGAGAGUCUGUGUGUGGGCCUUGAACAGGGUCUCCUGGUUGUGCCCUUGGUCACACCUGGCCAAAUGCAUAGUGCCUGUCGUUUUUGUGGAAUGCCAUCCCAGCAAUGGGUUAAAUGCCAAAACACCCCACCUGUGACUGUAUGUGGAGCGCAAGCAGGCAGCCCUGGGACAAGCCUGGGAAAGUCCUGCAAGCGUCCACAAGGGAGACUGUGCGAGGCCACACGCCCUGACCUGCCUGUGAGAAGACCCCUCUGUUCCACAUUAGCGGGGGGCUAGGUACAGCUCCCACAGGGAACCUGAGGGCCCAGGGCCCCUCCCAGGGUUCGAGGAAGUCCUACUAGGACAACUUCUAGGCCACUGAACUGCAAAGGGUUAAUGGGCACGUUAUAUGAAAAAUAAAA